GAAAACCAAGAGAGAGAAAACACUUUUGAAACUAAAAAGCGCGCCAAGAAAAGUUGCUCUCAUGGCAAUCGACUGUCUCGUCCUCGGCGCAGGGCAGGAGGUGGGAAAGAGCUGCGUGGUGGUGUCCAUCAAUGGGAAGCGAAUCAUGUUCGACUGCGGGAUGCACAUGGGCUUUCUCGACCAUCGCCGAUACCCCGAUUUCUCUCUCAUCCCCAUGCCCGACAAAGGCUCGAACUUCGACGACGCCCUUGAUUGCAUCAUCAUCACCCAUUUUCACUUGGAUCAUGUUGGUGCUCUUCCUUACUUCACUGAAGUUUGUGGAUACCGUGGACCCAUUUACAUGACGUAUCCAACCAAGGCAUUGGCUCCACUUAUGUUGGAGGAUUAUAGGAAAGUAUUGGUUGAACGAAGGGGUGAGGAGGAACAAUUUACUUCUGAUCACAUAAUGCAAUGCAUGAAAAAAGUUAUAGCAGUUGAUCUAAAGCAGACUAUUCAGGUUGAUAAAGAUCUUCAAAUCCGUGCAUAUUAUGCAGGACAUGUUCUUGGAGCUGCAUUGUUUUAUGCAAAGGCGGGAGAUAGUGCUAUAUUGUACACAGGAGACUACAAUAUGACACCAGAUAGACAUCUUGGAGCAGCUCAAGUUGAUCGACUAGAUUUGGACCUCGUUAUAACAGAGUCAACGUAUGCAACAACUAUACGUGAGUCAAAGUACGUUCGGGAAAGAGAAUUUCUUAAAGCUGUUCACAAAUGUGUCUCUGGUGGAGGAAAAGUGCUUAUACCUACAUUUGCUCUAGGAAGAGCUCAGGAACUUUGCAUCCUAUUGGAAGAUUACUGGGAACGGAUGAAUCUGAAGGUUCCUAUUUACUUGUCUGCAGAAAACGAGGCUGGGGACUCCAUGGAUUUCCUGGGUAACUAUGAGGAGCCGUGGGGAGGCGAGGAAUUUUCACCGGUUCGGCGGAAACAGUUGGAUUGCCCGCUAUUCAGUGGGAUAGAUCCGGAUGGCUGGUUGUUUAGGAUGAACCAAUAUUUUUCCAUCAACAUGUUUUCUGAGAAAGAGAAGUUAAUUACGGCGGGAAUUGCCUUGGAAGCAGAUGCAUUAUCGUGGUUCCAAUGGCAGAAUCAACGGCGACCUUUCAUCACUUGGAUCGACUUCAAGGUGGCUCUCUUACAACGCUUCCGUUUGUCAUAG